UGUUAGUGCUUGCCACAUGAAACAGUGUUUAAUGACUGUAACCGCAUAUGAAAGUAAAGUUGACAAAUUGAUAUAAAGAACUCGUUCCUAUGGUUACGUUAACGAUAAUGAAUGUUUUUUAUCUCAUGUUUCAAAUAUUUUUAUAGAGAUGCUAAAGCACUUGAUGACGUAAUGCAACUCAUCAAAUAUAAUAACCCUGUUACUAUAAUAUAAAAUGGCAACAUUUUGGUCAGGAAGACCUGGUUGGUUAGGAAAAGUAGGGAUAGCAUUAUUAGCUACAUGGCUUUUGGUACUAAUAAUAUCAGUAUCACAUAUCUUUAAAGCUAAUAAUCUGUCAUCUAAUAAUGAAAGUCCUACAAAUAAAGAAAAUGCUCAACGUUUAGCCCAAAUGGUUAAUGAUUUUGAAAUCCUUAAGAGACAAAAUGAAGCAUUAAAGAAUAUAGUCUUAGGAGAAAGAUCAAAAUCUAUUCAAGGGGACCAUUUAGGUUCAAUACAUGAAAAGCUUGAAAAGGUUUCAAUGUAUGACGAUUUAUUGGAUCAUCAAGAUAAUAUUAAGCAUGGUGUUCCUACUCUUGAAUAUGAAGAGUUAAGACGUAGAAUAAGAAAUAAUAUUCAAGAGACUUGGUAUUAUAUUAGUGCAGAGCUAAGCAAAUUUAAAAAGUCUAUUGAUAAACUUAGUUAUGAACAAAGAGAAAAAAGAAUACAGGACACAUUAAAAAAUGUUUGGGAUCAUAAACGAUCUCUUAUAAUAGAUAUUGAUAGAUUAACAAAAGCAGAUGGCUAUGAUGAAUGGCGUAAAAGAGAAGCAAAAGAAUUGUCUGAUCUUGUACAAAGAAGAUUCAGGUAUUUACAAAAUCCUAGUGAUUGUAAUAAAGCAAGAAAAUUAGUCUGCAGUUUAAACAAAGGUUGUGGGUUUGGAUGUCAGAUUCAUCAUAUUACAUAUUGUUUCUUGGUUGCUUAUGGCACAGAACGAACAUUGAUAAUCAGAUCUAAAGGUUGGAGGUAUCACAAAGAUGGUUGGGAAUCAGUCUUUAAACCACUUAGUGAUACAUGUGUAUCCACAAAUGGAGCAUCACAUGCCAGUUGGCCUAGUGAUUCUUCUAAGCAAGUCAUCUCAUUACCAAUUGUAGAUAAUGUUUAUCCAAAACCAAGUUUUCAACCACCAAGUGUACCAGCUGAUUUAGCUCCAAGGUUGGAGAAACUUCAUGGUCAUCCCUUAGUAUGGUGGGUAGGUCAAGUUUUAAAAUAUUUAAUGCGACCUCAAGAACAUGUGAAAAGAACAUUGGAUUAUGCAAAGGAGAGACUUGGUUUUAAAAAACCGAUUGUUGGUAUUCAUGUACGAAGAACAGAUAAAGUUGGUACCGAAGCUGCUUACCACGAUAUAGACGAAUAUAUGGUUAAAGUUGAACAAUAUUUCGAUGAACUUGAAACCAAACCAGAUGUGAAAAGAGUCUUUUUAGCAAGUGAUGAUCCGAAAGCGAUCAUAACGGCAAGAAGUCGUUACCCGAAUUAUGAAAUAAUAGGGGAUCCAGAAAUAGCUGAAACAGCUUCAGUUGCAAAGCGAUAUUCCGAUUCUUCUUUACAAGGAAUAAUUAUCGAUAUACAUCUGUUAUCCGAAUGCGACUAUUUGGUGUGCACAUUCAGUUCUCAAGUAUGUCGCGUAGCAUACGAGUUGAUGCAGACAUAUUAUUCAGAUGCUUACAAUCGUUUUGCAUCUUUGGAUGACAUCUACUAUUAUGGAGGGCAAAAUCCACAUCCUCAUCAGGCUAUUUUAGAUCAUAAACCAAGAAAAGAUGGUGAAAUCGAAUUAAAAGUAGGAGAUUCAAUUGAAGUUUUUGGAAAUCAUUGGGAUGGUUAUUCUAAGGGAUACAAUAGUAGAACUAGUAUGACAGGAUUAUUUCCUAGUUUUAAAGUUAAAAAUCCAAUAGAUGCUGUAGAUUUUCCAAAGUAUCCAAAUGUCCCUUUGCUAGAAAAUAAAAACGAGUAG